AUGAUCGGCUACGACCAAUUCGAGCCCUCUAGACUGUUUCUGUAUCGCAACGCUCGCCUUCGCACAGAUCCCGGAAAGUACGGCACGAACGAAGUCCCCGGCGAUGUCGCAUUGAAGCUGAAGACCGACUCGGGCGCUCAAAACCGCACCAACAUCGUUGCCCUCCUCGUCGAUGGCGUCUGCACCGAGAAACUCUGGCCAUACGGUGAUCCGAAACUCGACGAGAACGAUAGCAACUUGUUCGCGGUUACGAAGAAGCCGCCAAGUGCCGUGGAGCCUGUCGAUCUGGGCGCCGCGCAGCUCGAAGCGAAAGGAUCCAGUCAUCCGAGGGAUGGAAAGUCAUUUUCUGGACAGACAGAUAUCAUACCGAGGAAUAUUAGUUUCUAUCGCAUUUUCGAUCCGAGUGCCGAGCCAGCCGUUGAAGGGAUGUGGCAGUACAUGACACAUCCCGCCAUCCCUUUGCUCGAGGAAGUCCUGAAACGAGGCUGGCCCUUCAUCUUCGCCAUCGUCAUCGAGUCCAGCGUGAACCUGUGCGUGGAGACCUGCAUCGAUGCGAAGACGGGCGUGCUCGGGAAGCCGCCGGCGGAUUUCACACCGUCGCCGAUGGGAUCGCACACAAUGUUGGCGGUGGGGUAUGAUUCGGCGAAGCGGAGAUUUUUGGUGCAGAAUUCUUGGGGGAAAGAGUGGAAUAAGGUGCUUGGGGGGAGGGUGUGGAUCCCUUAUGAGUGGUUUGAGGGGGAUUAUGUUAGGGUUAGGGGUGGGAAGGCGAGGCCGGUUACGUAUGAUUUUUGA